CCUCCAACCCCCCGCCCCCUCCCGCAGCGCCCGGCGCCGCCGCGGUGACCACGUGACCGCGGCGAGCGGGAGGCGGAGCGGCGCGACAUUAUGGCACAGGCUCAAGGUUUUGGGAGAAGAUACAUUAAAGCCUUCUUUAAAGGUUUCUUUGUUGCUGUUCCUGUGACAGUGACUUUCCUAGAUAGAGUUGCCUGUGUAGCAAGAGUGGAAGGAGCAUCCAUGCAGCCUUCUUUGAAUCCUGGGGGAAGAGAAGCAUCUGAUGUAGUGCUCUUAAACCAUUGGAGCAUUCGAAAUUAUGAUGUACAACGUGGGGACAUUGUGUCAUUGGUGUCUCCUAGAAACCCUGAACAGAAGAUCAUUAAACGAGUGAUUGCUCUUGAAGGGGACAUUAUCAAAACCAUUGGAUACAAAAAGAAGUAUGUGAAAGUUCCCCAUGGACAUAUUUGGGUGGAAGGUGAUCACCAUGGGCACAGCUUUGACAGCAAUGCAUUUGGCCCGGUUUCUCUUGGACUUCUACAUGCCCGUGCUACUCAUAUCCUCUGGCCUCCAAAGCGCUGGCAGAAGCUAGAGCCAAUACUACCUCCAGAGCGUAAACCACUCCAGAGAGAGCAAGAGUGACCUAAAUGUUCAGAUGGAAGAACACUGAAGUGGAGUUUAGCCAGCAAGAACUGCAGUUGUUAUCACUUGUAAAACUUAGCCAAGGGUGCUUUAACAUCAGGUACCAUAUCAGCAAAUACAUGCAAUAUCUUUAUGUUAAAAUGUCAUCUUAAGAGUAAAUUGUUUGUUUGGUUGUUUGUUAUAAUUUCAAACAAUAAUUUCAAAUAAUGCAUUGUGCAUUACUUAGUUUGGAAAUAAUUACACACUGGUUGUAGGUUUAAACGUUCAAUUUUCCUGGGAGCAGUAAAAUGACUGAGUUGUUAUGUCUCUAUCUGCGCUUCUCUGGAUAAGAAAUUGUUAAAAACUUCAAUAAAAUAUUUUAAUCUUUUACAUUCA